AUGGAGACCAUGGGCAAGAUUGUUUUUUACGAGGACAAAAAUUUUCAAGGUCGUAGUUAUGAGUGCAGCAAUGACUGCACAGACCUGCACACUUACUUCAGUCGCUGCAACUCCAUCAGAGUAGAGAGUGGCUGUUUUAUGAUCUAUGAACGUCCAAAUUAUAUGGGCCACCAGUAUUUUAUGAAACGAGGCGAGUAUUCUGACUACCAGAGAUGGAUGGGCUUCAGUAGCUCUAUUCGAUCCUGUCGCCUGAUUCCAAUGUACAGGGGACCAUACAGACUGAGGAUCUAUGAGAAGGCUGACUAUGGAGGUCACAUGAUGGAAUUCACAGAUGACUGCCCCUGUGUGUCAGAUCGUUUCCACCAUCGACAUGUGUACUCCUGUAACGUGAUGAAUGGCUACUGGAUCUUCUAUGAAUAUCCCAACUACAGAGGGAGACAGUACUUCCUGAAAUCUGGGGAUUACAGGAGAUACCGAGACUGGUGUGCAACCUGUGCCAUUGUGGGCUCCUUCAGACGAGUCACUGAUUAUUAGCCAUUCUGCUUGCACUUAUUUAUAUGAACUGUUCAUUUCCUGUUUAUAAGCACAAGUGUUUAUAAACAUUUAGAUUGUUCACUUCUUGUGCCUGGACAUAAACAAACAAACAAACAGAUAAGAAUAAAAUGAUAUUUGUAAUAAAGUA